AGUAGAUCGGCCCGGUCGCUACUGGUCGCUAGUACUCGCUACUGUAGUAUUUAGAUAGUCCGCGGACUUUGAAAUAUUGCAGUGUUUGUGCACGUGAAACGGAAAAGGGAAUUGGGAUCGAAACGCACAAAAAUCAAUGCACUAAAAGCAAGAUGGCGCCACAAGAGCGAACUUCGUGCUGCGAGGACGAUUCCCGCCAAAACCACGGCAUAGACAACCUGUCAAACAUAGACUUGGGCUUCGUGAACAAGGGCUACCAACCUGACAGCGAUAAACCCACAGAGAAUGUUGCCAGCCCGAAAAAAGAGAAAAAGGCAACGGAUUUCGAUGAUUUACUGCCAUACGUGGGGGAAUUCGGAUUGUAUCAGAAGAUAUUGUUUUUACUGAUGAUACCAUUCGCGUUUUUCGUGGCGUUUGUGUAUUUCUCGCAAAUUUUUAUGACGCUCGUGCCGGAGCAGCAUUGGUGCUGGGUGCCAGAGCUGGCGAACCUGACUGUGGAGGAGAGACGAGCCCUCGCCAUCCCCCCCAAAUCCGAGGGCCCCUUCUCCCACGACCGCUGCCGCAUGUACUCGACGAACUGGACGCUGGCGCUGGCCGAGGGCCGGACGACGCCGGACGACGAGUGGCCGAUAGUUCCUUGUACCAAGUGGGAGUAUAAUAGGAGCGAUGUGCCGUAUGACACUAUUGCUAGUCAGCUUGACUGGGUGUGCGAGAAGGACAACCUAGCGGCGACGUCUCAGGCCAUCUUCUUCUGCGGGGCCAUAGUGGGGGGCCUACUGUUUGGCUGGAUCGCCGACAAGUAUGGAAGGAUACCAGCUUUAGUAGGCACAAACCUAAUCGGUUUCGCGGCCGGCGUCGGAACUGCGUUCAGUCACAGCUUCUGGACCUUCUCCGUAUGCCGGUUCCUUGUCGGCUUCGCCUUCGACAACUGUUUCACUAUGAUGUACAUUCUGGUUCUCGAGUACGUGGGCCCAAAAUGGCGGACGUUCGUAGCCAACAUGUCAAUCGCUCUAUUCUUCACGUUGGCGGCGUCCCUGCUGCCGUGGAUAGCGCUGCUGGCGGAUGAUUGGAGGACAUUUGCGUUGGCGACAAGCGCGCCUUUCAUCAUGGCCGCCGCCACGCCCUGGCUGGUGCCGGAGAGCGCCAGAUGGCUGGUGUCGCAAGGAAAGAUCGAGAAAGCUCUGACAAUAAUGAAGAAGUUUGAAAGAAUCAACAAAACGAAGAUUCCGGAGAAGGUUCUCAGUGAUUUCACGGAGUCAUCCCUAAAAACCAUCAAAGAAAACGAGGCCGAAAACCGGACAUACUCCGUCCUCGACCUCUUCCGUACGCCUCGUCUGCGGCGCAACGCGAUACUUCUCAUUGUCAUCUGGAUGGCUAUAUCGUUGGUCUUCGACGGCCACGUCAGGAACGUGGGGUCUUUAGGCCUCGAUGUAUUCUUAACAUUCACUGUGGCCUCGGCCACUGAGUUACCUGCUGAUACGUUCCUCACUGCUGUUCUGGACAGAUGGGGCAGAAGAUGGCUCGCCUGUGGUUCCAUGGUCAUCAGUGGUGUGUUCAGUUUACUGGCCACUGCUGUACCAGUUGGUGGACCUUCGGCCUCGCUAGCCAUCCUCGGCCGCUUCGCCGUGAAUAUCUCCUACAAUAUCGGACUCCAAUACGCGGCUGAACUACUGCCUACUGUCGUAAGGGCGCAAGGCGUAGCGCUCAUCCAUAUCAUGGGCUACGUAGCCAGUAUAGUUGCGCCCUUUGUAGUUUAUUUGGCUACCGUGUCCCAGGAGCUUCCCCUCCUGAUCCUGGGAGCCCUGGGCAUCGUCGGGGGCCUGCUCUGCCUGUUCCUACCAGAGACCAUGGACACGGAGAUGCCUCAGACCCUCCAAGAUGGGGAGAACUUCGGCAAAGAUCAGAAGUUUUGGGACAAUCCCUGCUUCAACAGGAAAAAACCCGAAGACGACGAAGAAAACCCGGGGCGCUACACCAAACGGAACUCGGUGACGCAGAACCAAGAGUUCGUGAGAGCCAUUCCAUCCAUCGGCUCAAGGGCAUCCAUCAGAGCUUCCAUCAGAGCCUCCGUGAGAUCCAGGAGACAAGAAAAUGGGGUCUGAGGUCAAAUUAUUGAUAAUUGAUAGUUUUGGUUGUGACUACGCUUAUAUACUGUCAUGUGAUAUUGCUGAUCUGAUUUGGCAUCAGAAAAUUUGACUAUCAGCUCUUUGGAAAGCUAAAUGCUUUGAUAGGUAGAGCUUUUGAUAGCUUAUGAGCCUCAAAAAGCUUUAAGCAAAGAGCCCAUGAUAGCCAAAUAACUUCAAAGAGCUUUAGGCUAAGAGCUUUUGAUAGCCAGAAAGCCUCAAAAAGCUUAAUCAAAGAGCCUGUGAUAGGCAAAGAGGUUUUGAUAGUCAGAGAGCCUCAACGAGCUUUAGGUAGAGCCUUUGAUAGCCAAAGAGCUUUAAGCAAAGAGCCCAUGAUGGCCAAAUAGCCUUAAAGAGCUUUAGGCUAAGAGCUUUUGAUAGCCAGAAAGCCUCAAAAAGCUUAAUCAAAUAGCUUAAGGUAAAGAGCCUGUGAUAGGCAAAGAACUUUUGAUAGCCAGAGAGCCUCAAAGAGCUUUAGGCAGAGCCUUUGAUAGCCAAAGAGCCUUAAAGAGCUUUAGGCAAAGAGCCUUUGAUAGGCAAAGAGCUUUUGAUUGCCAAAGAGCCUCAAAGAACUUUGGGCAAAGAGCAAAAGCUCAAAAGAUAGACAAAGAGCCUCAAAGAGCUUUAGGCAAAGAGCUUUUCACAGGAAAAGAGCUUUUGAUAGCCAAAGAGCUUUAGGCAAAGAGCCUUUGAUAGGCAAAGAGCUUUAGGCAAAGAGCCUUUGAUAGGCAAAGAGCUUUUGUCAGGCAAAGAGAUUUCGUCUGGGAAGAAAGAGCCUUUAACAGACAAAGAGCUAUCUAAGGCAAACCUUUGACAUGCGAAGCGCUUUUGACAGGCAGCUCUAAAGCAAGGAGCCUGCAAAGAGCAUUUGAUAGGCAAAGAGCUUCUGUCAGAUAAAGGAUUGAAGACGUUUGACAAGCUAGUCCACAGGAUCAGACUUAGGAAUAUAAACAUAACCUACAUGAAAAGAAAACCUGACAACUUAAUUGUUUUUGAAAGCGAUUAUCGAAGGAUAGCGUUAUGGCAAACGUAAUAGUGCUCGACAUGACGCCCAAUAGAUACCUUGCUGUCACCUCUAUUGACGGUGACUUAAGUUUCAAGAUGACAUGUACUGGGACCUCGUCGAGCACCGUACGUUUACCUUAUAAGCCAUUUUUAAACUGCGUGCCUUCCUAUAGUUCGUUUUUUUAGCAUUAGAUAUAAGGUAAACCUUCUUGAUGUGUCUUUUAAUUGAAAAACACAUUUUAAAAAUAAGUUACGAGAAAUAUGUAACAAUUAUAUGAAUCUAAUACGAUCGUUUAUAUUCUUCUGAUCUCAUAAGUAAUAGUUACUGAUUUUUAAAAAGCGUUUUUCAAUUACAAGACAUGUGAAGAUCGCUUACCUUCUUCUUUCUGAUGCUAAAAAAACGAACUAUAGGGCACAUCUAAAUUCAUCAUCAUCUUUGCUUUGUCCCGUUUUUCCACGGCUCAUGGGAGCCUGGGGUCCGCUUGGCAACUAAUCCCAAGAAUUGGCGUAACCACUGGUUUUUUUAAAUCGUCUGCCUUCUGACCUUCCAGAGGGUAGACUAGGCCUUAUUGGGAUUAGUCCGGUUUCCUCACGAUGUUUUCCUUCACGGAAAAGCUGGUAAAUAGCCGAUGACAUAUCGUAGCAAUGCUUCCAAAUAAAUACUGUAUUUUGUUGUGUUUGUGUGCAUUCAAUGUGUCCCUAUAGGUUUAAGAAUGGUUAAUUUCUACAAACUUAUACACUAAGAUAUAAGAAAAUGCUUCUGUAAAGAGUAUAUAACACAUAAACAUAACUAUUUCAAAUUAUAAUUCCGUUUAGUAGGAGGUACGUAGUACCACUGUAUACCUAUAUCUUGUAUGUAAAUAAACUAUUUCUAAUAGUACAAAUAUUCAGAAAAAAAGUAGUUUUAAGUGUGGCUGUGACUUUUAAAAGCGACUAUUGAGGAAAACCGGACAAGUCCGAGUCGGACUCGACUACCGAGGGUUCCGUACUUUUUAGUAUUUGUUGGUAUAGCGGCAACAGAAAUACAUAAUCUGUGAAAUUUCAACUGUCACGGUUCAUGAGAUGCAGCCUGGUGCAGAUAGACGGACAGACGGGCAGACUAACAGGGGAGUCUUAGUAAAAGGGUCCCGUUUUUUACCCUUUGGGUACCGAACCCUAAAAACGAGAAAAACUAUACUGCAAAACGUAAUUCAAGACCAAAAAAAGUAAGACAAUUUUGUCACUGCAAUAAUUUGUUUGUAAAAUAGUAAAUUCAUUUUGAUAAAUAAUCACGCUAGGAUAAUUUAUUUAUUAGUAAUUUUACUCCUGCAAUUUAAAAAAGUACUUUUAGUUACUUUACUUUUACAUAAAUACAAGACGCGCUAGUAAAAAAGUGGCAACAUAUUUAUAUUAUCUUACUUUUUUUGGUCUUGAAUUACGUUUUGCAGUUUAGGUACAAAACUUUAAUGAAUAAAUAAAUUCGACGCUUAUCAUGAAUAGUGGCAUAAAACAAAAUGAAAUGCCGUUCGAUUUUAAAUCUUACCAGUAAAAGAUAGAAUAUUAAAUGCAAUAGCAUUUCAUUUUGAGUUGUGCCACUAUUCAUGAUAAGCGUCGUGAUGACCCUAAGAUUACCAAGCCGCCUUGUUUGUGAUUGUAGUGAUUGCUAUUAAUUUAUUUUAGGCGUUAAGUCAAAUCUUGCCUUCAUUCGCUGAUUUUGAGAAAAUUUCUUAAUAUAUCGAAUUAAAACGGCCAACUUUGUAUGUAAAUAUCCAUAUAAUAGUGGCCUGAUUUAAUUAAUAUCGAGUCUAUUUAUGUAGUUUUAAUUUAAUCAGUGAUUCUUGUAAAUACUUAAAAAAUGUGAUAAAUUUAUUAUUAUACAUACUUAUGUAUGAUCAAAAAUAGUAAUAGUAAGUUAUUGUUUAACUUAAGUUUUGCUAUUUUAAGUUAGGGUUUAAUUUUAAGUACUGUACUUUAGUUUCAUAAUAGUUACCUGACUUUUAAGUCCUUAAAAAAAGAGCAAGCGAUAGUCUGGCUAAUGAAAGCUGAGCUCUCAUCAGCCAGACUCUAGGUACCUAUUUUUGUUCUUUCGGAGUUAUUUUUUUCCAAAAAGAAUUAUUCAUUUUUGACAUUGUGUCACUGUGUCACUGUCAGUUUUGUAUGAUGCCAUCAUAAUUUAAAAUUGAUGCAAAUUUGUGUUUUUCGUUAUACUUAAUUCUGUGAUAACAAAUAAAACAAGAUUACCAUGAAA